AUGAUUAGAUUACCUGUUUCGGCGGGAAAAAGUCAUUUCAUCGACAGUACAGGUUUAAACGGCAUGCAAUCGGAUGACGAUGAAAUACUUAGUAUGGUUCCAGGAUCCAAGAUGAGGAUAAUCCAGGAGACACAGUCUAGUGUAUCUUCACGUUCAGAUAACAAUUCUGGAUCCGCAGAAGGUACUCAGGUGGAAAAAAAGGCUGAAGAGACUAAGGAGCAUAUUCCAACGUCAUCAUUAUUUGUUUCCGAUACACAAACCCCUGAUGGAGAUAGUGGUAACCUACAGGUUGCCGACUCAGGUAAAAGUGAUUCACCAGCAUCGAAAAAGAACUCGCAGAAAAGCUUUGGGCAGCUAUUUGUUCCGGCGGGAACACCCGAAGAGGCACAUGAUGACAUCGAAGAUGGUUCUUUAAAUGAUUCUGAUAUAUUAUUGGACAGUAGUUCAGACGAACUAGAUCAUGUGUUUGAUGGAUCCGUUCGCACAGUUCCGCUUGGAAAAAGUAAGCCAUUGCGUGUUGAACGUGCAUUGUUUGAAGAAGGAGCCAAGAGGAAAAAGGAAAUGAAGAAAGCAAAUGUUCAAGAAGAAACACAAAAAUUUUUGAAACAACAUCUUUCGUUGAAGAGUAAGAAGGAGAAGAUUAAGGAGAAGAUUAAGGAGCCUGUGGAUGUGGAUGUGAUACUUUUAGAUGACGAUGAUGAAUAUGAUAGUGGUAGUCAUAUUACUAAGAAGGACGAUGAUAAGAGCAAGAAUGAUGACUACGACCAAUCCGAAUAUAUUAUAGACCUUGAUUUUUUGGAUGAUGAUCCUGAUAGCGAUAACAAAGCUCCGGGGAAGGUGAAAAAUGAUACGACAGUCAAGCAGGAUGUUGUUAUUAAUGCUUCAAAUGAUGUGGAUAAAGCGACAGAAUCCAAGAAAGAGAAUUUAGAGAAUAAAGCCGAACCUGCUCCAAUUGAAAAGCAUACAAAGGUGAAUAAAUCAUCGAAUGAUAAGACUGUCAAAAAUAGUAAGGUCGAAUCUGAAAAGGUUUCGUCAGCUGCUAAAAAUACUCAAAUUUCAAUGGAUUCGAAGCACGUUGGUGAUACAUUAAAUGGUGCAAGUAUUUUAAGGGAAAAGGAAUCUUUUCAUAAAAAAUAUUCAUCAAACGAAAAGGAUAGUUCAAAAGAUAAAACCACCUCAGAGGGAAAAAAGAAUUCAAAUUCGCAGGGAAAGGAUAAAGUUCCAAAAGAUAAAAACAGCAUAACUAAAAAUUCAGUUAUAAAAUCUCUAAUCUCUGACUUUCCCUCUGUUUCUGAUGACAAGGAUGAAUCUUCGGAAACCGUUCAUAGUAAUGAUUUGGAGAUAUCAGAUUCCGAGGAAAUGUCUGUGGACAAAAAUGUUCGGGCUCCUCCCGGUUUUAAAAGCAGUUUGGAACAAGAAAAGGAAGGAAAAAAAGGUCCGAAAGAUACAGGUAUCUCCAAUAAUGGAUCUUCCAAAGAUAAAGAUGUUAAGAAGACUACGGAAAAGAAGUCAGCUUCUAAGCCUGUGUUUUUUAACCAUAAAAAUGAAGAGAAGCAUCAUGGAAGAAAGAAGCAGAAGGAUUCUACGAAAAAUAAUGUUUCUAAGACAAGUAAUGGUUCCUAUCCAGCCCCGCUGUCUUCUAGAACAAGAAGUGCAACUAGAAAACCAGUGGUUAUAGAUUUAACGUCAGAGGAUGAAAUUGAGACGUUAGAUUCUGAAAGUGAUGAAUCAGAGUCACAAGAAGAAGUCGAUUCAGACGGGCCGAUUGUGAAAAAUGCUGAGGGUGUUGAAUUAGAUGGUAGAGUUAAAUCACUUUUAAAGCGAUUAAACUAUUCAAAAAAGGAGCCGUUAGAUGUUCAUUCUUUUCUCUCUCUUCAAAAGAAUGAUAAAAAUAGUACCAUUCAGAAAGAAAAAGUUAUUCCUCACAAAAGUGAAGGACGGAUUCAGAACGACCUAUCUGCAUCCAAAGGGCAUUCCUCUAGGAAAAUGCAUACUUAUAAAGAGAAGAGGAGUGAAUCACAUCACAAGUUGGCGGAUUCAAAGGCAGAUAAUACAAAGCAGAAGCACUUGAAACAAUCUAAAUCAAGUCAUAAAAAAAAGCCGGAGGUUGCACCAAAUAAGAAGAAGAGAAAUUUAAAAGACAAUUCUGUUAAAAUUGCUAGAGGAGGAAAAAAGAAUACUGGAAAAAAGAAUGUAACGUACUCAGAUAUUGCCAGUUUAUUGCGACUUCGUACCUCUAAAGGAAAGAAGGCAAAACCGGCAAAGCAAAAAACACCUCCGAAAAUUGUCAAGCGUAAGCAAAGUAAUGCACCUGUCCCUGUUUAUUCUACAUCGUGUAUUCACUGCCUUAUACGUGGAAGAAGUCGAUAUUGCAAUCGGAAUUAUCCGUGUGACUUCUGUGAAAAGGAUUCGCUCACUUGUCGUUACCCUAGAAGUUCGCGCGUUAUUAAUCAGCGAGAAAUUGAUAGCUAUGCAAAAAUGCUUUCUCUUCAAGAUUUAGGCAUUGAGAUUGAAUCUUUGGAUAGUACUUCAUCCAACGAUAGUGAAGUUGUGACAGAACGGAACGAAAAUGUUGCAAUCGAAAAAGCUAUACGACUUAAGGAUGAGGCAAAUCACGGCAUAUUAAAGGGCAAAGCGAAACGCACCCAUGGAAAAAAGAGAAAAAGAGCGAAAGCAGGAUCUGAAAAGCCAAAAAAGAUGGCCAGGAAUGCUUUGAAAACAUCAAAUCAUAAGAAGCAAGCUCUCGAAAAGCAACACAGUAGUUCACCUGAAUCGAUUGAUGAUGAACAAUUUGUGGAUGCAUCGAAUGAAAUUUCUGAUCCGGGUGAGGAUGCCGAUGAAGAAGAUGAUGAUUUUAGAAACGAAAAUGGAAGUACGGACAAGAAGGAUAAAAAAGUGAGAAAGUCAACCAAAAAUGUCAAAAAGGGAAGGAAAAAGAAAACUACGAAGAAAAAGAAAAAGACUGUUGCCGAGGUUCUCGGUCUUGACGAGGAUGAAGAAAAUGAGGAGGUGAUGAAAGAAAUAGCAGGAUCGAAUAAGCAAGCUUUACAAAUGCUUCAUGAACUUAGCUUUGGGAGCAGGGAUUUGCGUGAAUUAUUUGAAAGAUAUGGUACGAGAUCAAAAAGACAGGCAACGAGGGAAAACUAUAUUGAUAUUCCAGAGGGAAACGAAUCCGAUCUUAGUGAAGGUGAGAAAGCAUACAAAAAAGCUGAGGAUGCUGCAGAACCACUUAUUUUGAGUGAAGAUGAAACUGAAAGAAGAAUGCUUCGUGGUCAAUUGCCGCCUACAUUUGUAGAGUCAAUGCGACAACAACAACAACCGGCUUACAAUAGCGAUCAGUCUGAUGAUUUUGGUAGUGACUCAAACUGA